GAAAGGGAUAUCCACUCACGAGUAACCACCACAAAUCUUGCCGGUUUCGCUGGAUUCAGUGCGUGAAUAACCGUUGACUUAAACUCUCAAGGCUUUUUAAAAAAAAUGUGACUCAAGAGUACAAAAAGUGUUUUUCCGAAAUAUUUAUAUUCCUCGUGACCAUGGCCCAUAACCUGAAGUUCCUGUUAGUCUUAAUUUUGGUUAAUUUUUCCGGGUCUGACGAUCCAAAGUCGAAUAUUUUAAGGCUCAGCAGGCCCAAAUCUACGACACUUAGAUCUACAAGUGAUUUUAAAGUUGAUGACAAAAGUGAUGAUGUAAAAACCGAAGUUUUGAGAGAUCGGCUGCUGGCUUUCAGUAAAAAUAAUCCAGAGUCGGAUUGGAAGACUUAUUUGAAGAUUGUCAAUGACAAAAAUGAGACUGAUGGUGUCAGUGAUCGAGAUCUUGAGUUUUCUAAAGAUAAAUUUGAGCUUAACGCUAACAGUAUUCAGUGGUUGAAUGAUAUAUACGAUCCGUUAAGAUGGCACCGAAUUCCCGGAAAAUUGACACCCCAGUGUCUCAAAGAUAUGGAAUUGUUCAUCAAUUCGCUGAGGGAUGGAAAACUUUGGGCUGCUAAGAUGUUAGACGCAAGCGGCCGAUACAAUUCACAGUUUCACUUUGGAAAUGGAUUCUGGCUCGGCUCCAGCUCCCUCUGCAAAGAAUUGAAUACCACUGACGAGGAUGGUAUCAGUCCGAUAAAUCCAAUUAUUUCUAAUAACGAGUUACCGCCAUAUUUAAUUAAGUUUCAUGUUGUCCGAAUUGGGUUGUCAUUUCCACGCAAUAUUGAACCUUCCACUCGUCAAAUAUUCUUAGGACUAUGUUUACCUGCAACCUGCGACCGAAUUUCCUUAGGCUCGAUGUUAAGGACAAGCGUAGAACGGGUUGAAAGGCUUGGAAAUGGGACUCACGGGCCCCAUGGUCCAAAAAUCACAAUUGUUACAGUGAAGCCAGUGCCCUCUAGUGACUACUCGGUCUGGAAUGAUUCGAAAUUAUAUAUUCUUGGAGGAGUAGGCGGAGUAAUAGCGCUACUAAUGCUAAUCGCAACAGUAUAUGAUUAUCGUCGGCUAACAGAAGACCCAGACAUUGAAUCAACAGCUCCAGGGAGUAAUAAUAAUGAACGUGCUUCGACAUAUGUAAACAAAAACUUUUCAGACGACCAACAAGUUACUGUUGUACAGGAUAAUAGAAAUUAUAUUGGGAAAAUUCAAAAUCAUCGGGAUUUUCAUCUUGAUGAUAAUAUUAAUAAGAAAAAUCGUAAAACUAAAGGAUUUUGGAUGAAAUGCCUCUUAUCAUUCAGCCCAAUAGACAAUGGCUCAAAAAUUCUUUCCACUGACCCUGCUGCCCGCGACAACUUGACUUGUCUCCAUGGACUACGAGUCCUUUCUCUAGGAUGGGUCAUAUUGGUUCACACUUACCUGCAAGUAUUCUCAAUUGCUGAGAACAAGACCUUACGCACAGUCACUGAAAGGAAUUUUAUGUUCCAGACUAUUAGCAACGCUACCUUUUCCGUUGACACUUUUUUCUUUAUUAGUGGACUUUUAGUGACAAUUCUGUUUUACCGAUCAAUGGGGGGUAUCAAGAGUGAUAGCAAUAAUUUUUUACGAUCAAGUACUACAAAAUUUUUUAUCAUGGUACUCUACAGAUUUGUCAGGUUAACACCAGCGUACUUAUUUGUACUGGGAAUAAACGAGCUAGCGAUAAAACAAGCUCAGGCAACAACAGUAUUCUCCCCAGUGAUAAUAGACCAAGUGACUUGCGAAAAAUUCUGGUGGCGCAAUGCUCUCUACCUCAACUCCCUCUUUCCACGCUCUGAAAUGUGCAUGCUCUGGAGCUGGUACAUGGCCAAUGACACUCAAUUUUACGUCCUGGGGAUUCUGCUCCUGCUACUGAGCGUUAAAUAUUUCAAAGCUGUCUCUGUAGCGGUUGUGCUAUUGAUUGUCUCGUCUUGGUUUACUACUUUUACUGUCGCUUACUCCAAUGACUAUAUUGCCAGGAUACAAGAACCAUUCGCACUGUUCGAUGAAUUAUACGACAAGCCAUGGCUAAGAGCAGGCCCCUACUUUAUCGGGACAAUAACCGGGUGGAUGUUAUUCAAAACAAACUGCAAGCUCCACACCCCUGGGUGGGCAAAAAUUAUCGGGUGGAUAAUUUCAAGCGGGAUAAUGCUCGCUGUUGUUUACGGUCUCUACCCCGGUAACAUGACAGUUACCGUGAGCUCCCUCUACGCGGCGCUGGGUCACACCGCAUGGGCACUCGCUGUUUCAUUCAUCGUCGUCCAGUGUUGCACCGGAUCAGCCGCUAUCGUUAAUAGUUUUUUGUCAUUAAGGCUUAUUUACCCGAUGUCACGGCUCACCUACUGCGCGUAUCUAGUUCAUCCUGUUAUCAUGAUGAUUACCAGCAUGCAAAUGGACGGGCCUUUGCAUAUACACAAUGGACUUGUUCUGACCGUCUACUUCGGUAACUUCGUGGCGUCUUAUCUGAUGUCCUUCUGCAUAUCCUUGGCCCUGGAAGCGCCGGUUGUAAAUUUACUAAAAAUAGCAUUCGCUUCAAACAAAAGGUCGGUAAAUCGAUAAAAAACAGCGAAAAUUUAAUUUUACAAAAAAUA